CUCACUUCAGCCUCCCACUCACACAUAGCAGUAUUUCCUAGUGAUCCAACAGCAGCCGUCCGACUUCUAACUUCUGGUCCGUGCCGAGCACAGCAGUCGGCACUGAAGGCUGGAAAAUUUUGAGAUCGAGAAAAAGCCGGCGAUCACCAAAGAGUGAGAUGAAGGAAAGAGGCAAAGCGGGGCAGCGUUCCGUGGACGAAAGGUAUACCCAGUGGAAAUCCCUCGUUCCCGUGCUCUAUGACUGGCUCGCCAAUCACAACCUCGUGUGGCCCUCGCUCUCGUGCCGCUGGGGUCCUCAAGUGGAGCAUGCAACUUACAAGAAUCGUCAACGUCUUUACCUAUCUGAACAGACUGAUGGCAGCGUUCCAAAUACUCUUGUGAUUGCCAAUUGUGAUGUUGUAAAACCAAGAGUUGCAGCUGCAGAACAUAUUUCACAGUUCAAUGAAGAAGCACGCUCACCAUUUGUGAAAAAGUUUAAAACUAUCAUUCAUCCUGGGGAGGUCAACAGAAUCAGGGAGCUCCCUCAAAAUAGUAAGAUCGUGGGGACUCAUACCGACAGUCCUGAUGUGCUUAUUUGGGAUGUUGAGGCUCAGCCUAAUCGGCAUGCUGUGCUUGGUGCUGCUCCAUCACGCCCGGAUUUGGUGCUGACAGGGCAUCAAGAAAAUGCAGAGUUUGCUCUUUCUAUGUGCCCCAUUGAGCCUCUUGUUCUUUCAGGAGGCAAGGACAUGUCAGUCGUAUUGUGGAGUAUACAAGAUCAUAUCUCUACCCUAGGAGUGGCUUCGGAUGCUAAAUCUCUAGAAGCAUCUUCUGGGAGUUCUGGUGGUAAGCAGGCUGCAAAAGCUGGUAACAACAAGUCCUCAGACAGUCCGACUGUUGCACCACGAGGGGUGUACCAAGGACAUGAAGAUACCGUUGAAGAUGUGCAGUUCUGUCCAACUAGUGCUGAGGAAUUUUGUAGCGUCGGUGAUGAUUCUUGUCUCAUUUUGUGGGAUGCUCGUGCCGGUACCAGUCCUGUCGUAAAGGUUGAGAAAGCUCAUAAUUCUGAUCUUCACUGUGUAGACUGGAAUCCCCAUGAUGUUAAUUUUAUUUUGACUGGAUCUGCUGAUAAUUCUGUUCGUAUGUUUGAUCGGCGGAAUCUUUCUUCCGGGGGCAUUGGUUCUCCCGUUCAUAAAUUUGAAGGCCACUCUGCUGCUGUUCUUUGUGUGCAGUGGUCUCCAGACAAAGCAUCAGUUUUUGGGAGUGCUGCUGAGGAUGGUUUUUUGAAUGUUUGGGAUCAUGAGAAGGUUGGGAAAAAGAGAGAGAGGAGCGGUACAAGGACUACUAACUCCCCCCCCGGUUUGUUCUUUCAACAUGCGGGGCAUAGAGAUAAAGUGGUUGAUUUUCAUUGGAAUGCAUCUGAUCCAUGGACCAUUGUUAGCGUAUCUGAUGACUGUCAGAGCACUGGUGGCGGUGGAACACUGCAGAUAUGGCGCAUGAGCGACUUAAUUUACAGGCCGGAAGAGGAAGUUCUGGAGGAGCUGGAGAAGUUCAAGUCCCAUAUCCUCACCUGCGCUCCCAAGACCUGAUCGAUCAGUCUCUAAUUAUUGUGCGCUUAAAAGCCACAGCAACCCUAAUUAUCGUUUGCUCUUCAUGAUAGGAACUUGUUCUAACUAGUUUUCUGGUAAUCCAUUUGAUAGUCCUCGUACUUUCUCUUUUACUUUCGAAUGACAUUUUUUUUUUCUGAACUGGAGAAUUGUGGGAAUUGUGAUGUUUUAACUGAAAAAAAUUGCUUGAGAUGCUUAUUAUUCUUCAUGGGUUCGGUUUUCAUGUUGUAUUUUUCUAAGUUAAAUCAUUGCAUGUAAGAAUAUGGAGAAGAUUUACCAACUUCUCGUUAAGCAAAUUGGACCCAAUGAAUGCCAUGGAAGUUUUUGACGUUGAUGAGAA